GCUGCCGCGCGCCCUUGGCCACUCGGCGGGAGGAUGGCGGUGAAUAUGGACCUCAGCUCCAAGGCCCUAGCGACGCCCAAGGACGCCUCCCACGUCCACUACGUCCCCUGCAGCAGUGAGUACAACGGCGACGCGGAGGUGGACAAGUACUUCAAGCUGACUGUGAGCGAGGGAGACGGCGAGGAGGAGAAGGGGCUUGAUGGCCGGCUGCGUGGGUUCCCUCUCAAGGGCAGCGAGAUCAAGGUGCCGGAGGGGUACACCGGGGUAGUGCUGAAGGAUGCCCAGGCCGUCGGGGAGGGCGAGGGGCGCCGCAUGGUGAGGGGCGUGGCGCGCUUUGACACCUUCACCUACUGGAACUGGGACCGGCAGCCGUCGCGCUCGGACAAGUAUCAACAAGCGCUGGACUGGCUGGAGGUGGCGAGCGUGAUCCAUGGGACCAAGGAUUGAUUGCCAUAAGUUCUGCAUAAGAUAAUAAGAUGACAACUUCAAGUAAGCCACAAUCUCUCACAUCAGGAGGGAAUGACUGAUAUACUGGUGAGGAAAGACCCUGCUUAGCCAUAACCAGAUAGUGGAUUCAGCAGGGCACCAGCUGGUCCCAAGGCCUCCAUCACAAUGGCAGGGACACAAGGAGAAUGCUGUGGGGUAGAAGUCCAACCCUGUGAUCUGCACAGGGAUUGCAGACUCAACAGCCUCACCUGGACUGCACACAACAUGCUCUUAUUAUUACACAAGUAUCAUAGCCUCCAUGGUGCAGUGGUUAGCAUGGGUACUAAGCAUAAUUCUGCAGGCUUGGGUUUAAAUCCCAGCCUGGACAGUCUGCACGCAGCUCAUCCUGCUGUUCAUCCACCCUUUUAGGCUGGGUAAUAAUGUAUAUUUGUGGAAAGUCAAGCAAGGUAACUUGGAAGUUGCAUUUGCCGUGUCCUGACGUAAUAGGUUCUCACCCAUGACAGGCUGAAGGGUUAAGGGGAUAGAGAUGAACAUUGUGGCCACAUUCAGCUAAACUGUAUGCCCCUAACUUUACAUUUACAGGCUCUAAGAUAAAAUCCAAACUAGUCAGUAUAUGUAAACUGCCCCCUCUCUCUUGACUGAAUGGCUUCACAGCAAAGAGCUUGGCUUGUGUCUGUAAAGAUAACAUUUCAUGUUCCAAUCAUGGUCAUUCCUUAGUGAUACAGAUGACAACCAACCCAAAUAGAGGCGAAGUUGAAUAAGUGGGAUACUACUAAUCUUGUCUAAUGGAUUCCAUUUUUUACAAAUGCCAGAUGUGGGAAAUCACUAAGACUCGACUUCUGCAGUAGCAUAUAGUUAGGUGAUUUAUAGUAAAGUUGGGGCAUAUGCUACAACUGCACGAGGCCUCGAUGCUUAUCUCCUUUGCAUUGGUCCUUGAGUCUGUGGUGAGAAGAACCCAUUGCCCGUGUUACCACAGUUUACCUUCCCCAGGCAGACACGGAUCCAGGAAAAAAGUUUUUUGGGGGCUGAAUGCCAGGAUUUUUGCAGGUGGAAGCGGCAUUAGCAUUACCAGUUAUCCAUUCUCGGCAGUCCUGCUCCUGAAUAACUGGUGGACUGACCUGAAUCAAUGGGCAUAACAUCCUGGACUUGGUGCCAAAGCAUUCCUGGGUGGCCAGUGUUCUUCGGAUCUGAAUGAGUCGGCCGAUUCCUCUGAGAAAAAGAAUUGUUAUAGCCACAGCGCACUUUUGAGCUGGUUUUCCUGUAUCUGCUCAGGACCAUGGGGUCCCCCACCCCCCCUGGAUCUGCCAAUGUCCCCAAGUAUCCAUCUAUUAGCCUGCCAGAAAGGGAGGAUGAACAGAUAGGUAAACUGCAUACCGACUACCAAGGCCAUGAUACAGAUGCAGUCCUGCAAAUUUGUAGCUGGGCGUGGUAACCACACCACCAUUACUUGUCAUGCUGGAAUUCAAUACACCACCUAAUCUUUUUGUUUGUGUGCUAACUCAUUAUGACAGCAGUUACAUAUCCCAGCUCUUAGCCAUCAAACACCAGCACUUUCCUUUCAUCUUUUUCUUGUUAGUUCUUUUUUCUCCUCUUCCUCUCUCUUCUUUUGUCUAUCUCUACUUUCCAAGCUCUUCUCUUUCCCUUUACCAUAAUCCUCCAAGCCACGUCUCCCUACCUUCCAACCAUAUCACUACAUUUUCCAUAUUUAGAGCCACACUAUGGUACCUAUAUUUAAUGGGACAUGUACACCCAGAUGCUGUUGUGUGGUUUAUAGCUAACCUCAUCCCCUUGUAAUACAGUUCAUUUUAUAUUUCUUUGCAGUAAUGAGUAGAAUUUAUUUUUAUUUGGGUGGGCUUAGUUAACUAGUUAUUGAUGAUCUAUUAAACACUUUAGCAACUGUGAUCAUGUGUUGUGCUGCUGCUUCACACAGGGCUGUGCUAAACCCUCACGCUGGUCAGAACUUCUUUGAGUGGUCAGAACUUCUUUGAGGAUGCAUCAAUGUAAAAAACAGUUUUGGGAAUUGUCUUAUUUUGGGAAAUCCAAGAAUAUUAGUUCCAAAUUUGUAUGCACCCUUAACAUUGUAUAUGUAAAUCAAAAUGACCUCUUAGAGGCUUGUACUUCUACACAAGGAAAAGGGCAACACAUCCAUUCUCAGUGA